AUGGGGGUACCGAAUAAUAGUGAUCUCGCUUCAAGCGUUUUGCGACAGAACGUGGACGAUUUCUUAACGGAACUUGACGGCAAGCCACUUCAAGCCGUGGAAGCCGCCCAUGAACAUCAUGCACAUUCGGGACACUCGGAUCAUCAUGGCGCCGAGCAUCACAUGAUGAAAAUGUGGUUUCACGGUGGUUACGAAGAGGUGAUCCUUUUCGAGUUUUGGCGCAUCUCGACGCCAUUGGGACUCCUGCUGUCCUGUUUGGCCAUCUUCAUCAUGGGCAUCGCCUAUGAAGCUUUGAAAUGGAGCCGUGUUCACCUUCAGACGAGGCUUACAAGGUCUGUCACACCAGUAAACCGCCGCAGUGCACUGCAGUUCCUGUUGCCCGGCCUGUACGUGAUACAGUUAGUGCUGGCUUAUUGGCUGAUGUUGAUCGCGAUGACGUAUAACUACUAUCUGACGGCUGCUGUGGUGCUUGGCGGAGGUGUCGGCCAUUGGAUAUUCGCAAUCGUGGAUCCGACACAGUCAGCUGCGGACGAAUUGGCUGCCGACUCAUGCCAU